AUGCUGAAAAGAUAAAUUAAUUGCGAUAAUUUUUACUUUCUUAUGCGAAAGGAUAUGUUUUAGAAACAGGAGUAGGCACAUCUCGAAAUUUAAAAUAUUAUCCUUCUAAUAUAAAAUUAUUAGGAAUUGACUGGAGUUAAAAUAUGCUUGAAAUAGCUUUAAAUAAAUCCGCUUCUCAUAUAUAAUAUGAUUACAAAUUAGAUGAUACAGAAAAUUUAUAAUUCAAAGAUAAUAUAUUUGAUACUGUUGUAGACACUUUUGGAUUAGAAUAUUAUGAUAAUCCGGAAAAAGCAUUAAAGGAAAUUAAAAGAGUUUGUAAAAAAGAUGGAUUAAUUUUAAUUAUGA